UUAAGAAGAACGUCAUGCUCCAUAAGAAAAUACUGACGUAACAGAACACGCAUGCACUAUAAUGACUAUAUAUAAUAUAUUUGAAUGCAGAGGAGUAUCAGAGUAUGUCAUUAUCCAUUUGACUGAGUCAAGAGGCAGGGUGAGUGACUGCGCUCUUCGCUAUUCUCUCAUUGGAUUAUGAAUUCUCAGAGCUGAUCCUUGCAAAGGAACAGUCCACGCCUCGAUAAGCCGCAAUUCACGCGUGUCCGAACACCUGAUCGGUUAACGUGACGAGCGGCUUCGAGAUAAGCGCAUCGGAUGCAGCCCUCUUUAAAAAGACUUGAAGAACAUCGUCAGUCGAGCUGAUAUUCUCUGCUUUGUUCAUAACAUCUAAGAGCUUUUUUCGUCCUUUGGUUUGAUACCCAAGGUGGAUGAAUCGCCAGGUGUUCGUGUUCGCGGUGUUUGCGGCUUUUCUCUGCAAAGUGCCGCAACCAGCAUCAUGCGCUCGUCAUUUAAAUUACAGACCGAUCAUCGGAAUUUUAGCCCAGGAAAACCUAGAGGACGACCCUCAUGCACAGGGAACUUCUUAUAUUGCUGCAUCAUAUGUGAAACAUUUGGAAUCAGCCGGUGCAAGGGUUGUACCAAUCCGCAUAAGUCGCACAGAGGAGGAGUAUAAAAACCUGUUCAACUCAAUAAAUGGUUUGUUACUGCCUGGAGGGGAUGUGAACAUUGAGAAGUCUCAGUUCACCAGAGCCGCAAAGAUUUUCUAUGAACUUGCAAUAAAGGCCAAUGAUGCUUCAGAUUAUUUUCCGAUUUGGGGCACCUGUCAGGGCUUCCAACAGCUCACUGUCCUGACCAGCAACAAGAACAUGUUGACUUUGACUGACACUAAAGCACUCGCCCUGCCGUUGACUUUCAGUUCAGGAGCCCAAAACAGCAGGUUGUUCAAAAGAUUUCCAAAGGACCUCCUUCAGUCUCUGACAGAUGAAAACAUCACCUCCAAUUUCCAUAGCUGGAGCUUGUCCCUACAGAAUUACAGCAGCAAUGCCAAGCUGAAGCGUUUCUAUAGAGUGCUGACCACAAAUACAGACGGCAAGAGAGAGUUCAUUUCCACAAUGGAAGCGUACCGUUACCCAUUCUACGCAGUGCAGUGGCACCCUGAGAAAAGCCCGUUUGAGUGGAUUGAGAAAUCUGGUAUGGUGCACACCCUCUCCGCCAUCAAAGCGGCUUUCUUCACCGCACACUUCUUUGUCUCUGAAGCAAUGAAAAAUCAUCACCAUUUUCCUUCUGAAAUCGAGGAAGAAAAAGCCCUCAUUUACAACUAUCAGCCGGUCUUCAAAGGCCUGAACAGCAUCUUCCUGCAAAAUUACUACUUCGAUUAAGUGUUUUGAAACUUUCAUUACUCAUGGUAUUCGUCAUGGUGGGAAAGUUUGUGAUUUUUGUUUUUUAAGAGAAAAAGUUGAGAAUGCUUUGAUAUAUUUUUUAUCUUUCUUUUAAUUCUUUCUCAUGUAAUGUGCUAAAAUGCACGAGUUUGCCAAAACCUGAUGUUUUAAGUUUAAUUAUCAUGCUUCCUUUUCACUCCAUGUAGACCUUGAUUGUAGGUUCUGGAUGAUUUUGAUGUGAUGUUCUAGAAUCACCGUUACUGAAUGUAUCAAUGCAGUUGAUCCCAAUCAUCUUUUAUCAUUCAGAAUUUAACUGUGUUCUGUAAUCUUUCACAGGGUUCACUAGCAUGACCAAAACAAUGUAAAAAAAAAAAAUGUUUACAGUUCAUUUUCAUUAAAGACACAACUAAAUCAAAA